CAGGUUGACAUUGCGCUUGUCCCGUGAAUUUGGUCGAAUGCGGAGCAGCGACCAUAACUGUAAACAGUAGUCAUAAUACGAUCGGAGUGAUACGAGUGCCAGACUUUCGACACGAUGCAGUUUGUGGCCAGUGAACACCCGCACCGGCGCCUUAAUCCCUUGACCGGGCAAUGGGUCCUGGUGUGCCCACAUCGCACCCAACGCCCCUGGUCGGGUCAGCAGGAGAAACCGGUGAAGAACGAGCUGCCCGACUUCGAUCCCACCAAUCCCCUUUGUCCUGGAGUCACCCGGCCCAACGGAAUUGAAACGCCUGCCUACAAGAGCACCUAUGUUUUUGAGAACGACUUCCCGGCCCUUGUAGAGGUAGUGCCCGUUCCGCCCAACAGUGAUGAUCCCCUGUUCCAGAUAGCACCUGCCCGUGGCAACUGUCGGGUGAUGUGCUUCCAUCCCAAAUCGAAUCUCACCUUGCCCACAAUGAGUGCAGCAGAAAUUGUCGUUGUUAUCGACGAGUGGAUCAGGCAGUUCAACGAGCUGAGUGCCAAGUACGCCUGGGUGCAGAUAUUCGAGAACAAGGGAGCCGCCAUGGGCUGCUCUAAUCCCCAUCCGCAUUGCCAGAUCUGGUCGUGCUCCUUUCUGCCUACAGAACCGCAGCUGAAGCAGGAGCGUCUGCGUGCCUACUAUGCCACCAACGAGCGACCCAUGCUGGCCGACUACGUGGAGCGGGAGUUGCAGCGGCAGGAGCGGAUCGUGAUCGAGAAUCCCGACUGGCUGGUGGUGGUGCCCUUCUGGGCCACUUGGCCUUUCGAAACCAUGCUAAUCUCGCGCAACAACAAUAAGAGGAUCAAUGAUCUGACGCUAGGACAGCGAGAAAAUUUGGCGGUAACCAUCAAGGAACUGACCACCAAGUAUGACAACCUGUUCCAGUGUUCGUUUCCCUACUCGAUGGGCUGGCACGGAGCACCGACUGGACCGGAGCAUGCCCACGCAUCCAGUGCCCACUGGACCCUGCACGCCAUCUACUAUCCGCCACUGCUCCGAUCGGCCACCGUGCGCAAGUUCAUGGUGGGAUUCGAGCUGCUGGCCAUGGCUCAGCGCGAUUUGACUCCCGAGCAGGCGGCCCAACGGUUGCGGGAGGUCGAUGGAAAGUGCCAUUACCUGGAGAAGUGAUUUCGGCCAACAGGUGAAGCAGAUGGUAGCAAUUCGUAUUCAGUUUAAUAAAAGAAAACAGGCAAAUUCGA